GGUCGCUACCUCAAGUCCUGGCCAGCGCGGAGCAGCUCACUCGCGGGCUGGGCAGCUCUCGCUGAGGAGAAGCUGGAGCGAUGCUGGGCGGCUGUCGACGGAUCAGGGCGUUCCUGGGAAGCCUGCGUGGCGGUCUCCGGGCCCCCACCAGCCGCCGGAGCUUGAUUUCUUGCAUCGACCCUUCUGUGGGGCUAAAUGAAGAACAGAAAGAAUUUCAGAAAGUGGCCUUUGAGUUUGCUGCCCGGGAAAUGGCUCCAAACAUGGCAGAGUGGGACCAGAAGGAGUUGUUUCCAGUGGAUAUGAUGCGGAAGGCAGCACAGCUGGGCUUUGGGGGAGUCUAUGUGCGGACAAAUGUUGGGGGAUCUGGUCUGUCACGGCUUGAUGCCUCUGUCAUCUUCGAAGCCUUGGCAACAGGAUGCACCAGCACCACGGCCUAUAUCAGCAUCCACAACAUGUGUGUCUGGAUGAUUGAUAGCUUUGGAAAUGAGGAACAGAGGCACAGAUUUUGUCCACCGCUCUGUACCAUGGACAAGUUCGCUUCCUACUGCCUCACUGAGCCAGAAAGUGGGAGUGAUGCUGCAUCCCUUUUGACGUCGGCUAAACGACAAGGAGAUCAUUACAUCCUCAAUGGCUCCAAGGCAUUCAUCAGUGGUGCUGGUGAAUCAGAUAUCUACGUGGUCAUGUGUCGAACAGGAGGACCAGGCCCCAAGGGCAUCUCCUGCGUAGUCGUUGAGAAGGGGACCCCUGGCCUGAGCUUUGGCAAGAAGGAGAAAAAGGUGGGGUGGAACUCCCAGCCAACCCGAGCUGUGAUCUUCGAAGACUGUGCUGUCCCCGUGGCCAAUAGAAUUGGGAGCGAGGGGCAGGGCUUCCUCAUUGCCAUGAAAGGACUGAAUGGAGGGAGGAUCAACGUUGCUUCCUGCUCCCUGGGAGCAGCGCAUGCUUCGGUUGUGCUUGCCCGAGACCAUCUCAAUGUCCGGAAACAGUUUGGAACCUUUCUGGCUAAUAACCAGUACUUACAGUUCCAGCUGGCUGACAUGGCGACGAGGCUGGUGGCCUCGCGGCUGAUGAUUCGCAACGCGGCAGUGGCUCUGCAGGAGGAGCGGGAAGAUGCUGUGGCCCUGUGCUCCAUGGCCAAGCUCUUUGCUACAGAUGAGUGCUUUGCAAUCUGCAACCGGGCCUUACAGAUGCACGGAGGCUACGGCUACCUGAAGGAUUAUGCCGUCCAGCAGUAUGUACGAGACUCCAGGGUCCACCAAAUUCUAGAAGGCAGCAACGAAGUGAUGAGGAUCCUGAUCUCCCGCAGCCUGCUGCAGGAGUAGCACUCCGUGCGGGACAGUGAGCAUGUGCUUUUCUGGGCAGCUGCAGUCAGCACUGAACAGUACCUGCUGGGCUCCAUGCUGCUCCCUGCUGGGCAGAUCGUGGGCUGGACGGAAGGAAUGAGCUCUUCCAAAGGGAAUCUGCACUGCCUACUCAGACCAGUGUUGACUCGGACAACAGCAGAGUCCUCAGUGGCAAUGGAAAGAUGACCCGGAUGAAAAAAGGCACUUACUUUGAUGCCCUCGUGCUGGAAAGGCAGCCAGCGAAGUUUCCUUGUCCAACCAGAAUCCUUUCUUGGAUCUCCAUUGUCUUGCUUCGUCUGCAUCCUGCUGGUUCUUUUCGUGUUUGUAGAGCCAAACAUAUGGGAGGGGAAAUGGAGAGAAAAUGCCUGUGUUGCUUUUUUGCUUCUUGUAGCACAGCUACAGAGACGGAAGGCUUCUGCGGCUCGCUCCUCUGCAUACAGGUCAUGAUGUGAACGGCUGGGAGACUGCUCCAAGCCUGGCAUGUACAGUGAGUCUCCACUUUGACCUAAUAUCAAGGGCUGAGAUUCUUGGGAAUUUUGAAUACUUUUUGCACUUUGAGAAGCCUGUGGUCUAGGAGUGGAAUUCCAUAACUCUUUCUCCUAAAAGGAGUAUCUUCUGAGCUUUGGAGUUGCUCUUUAUUAAUGUUUUUAAUCACCAUCUUGUUAUAAAAUCUCCCCCUUUCUAAACUAUGUCUCUGGUCUUAUGAAAGUUUGUUUUUCUCUAUGCUUCUGCUUAGGCAUUUAUAAUUUGACUAUUAAGCAUAUAACUAGAUUUUGGAGUCAUCAGAAAUCUUCCCUUGACCAAUCACAUCCCUUAUAUUAUGAGUGGAUUUGGAAAUAAAACAUUAUGAUGCAUGAAAAA